UUCAUUCACAAAAACGGCAACACACUCUUCAGAAUUUUGAACAGAAAGAUUCUGCUUAACCUGGCUUUUAAGGAAAAGCUAGAAAUGACUCCAGGGAUGACAAUGAAGCUGCACAAAGAUGAUGAUGAUGAGUCUGGAGAUUUGAAGUAAAAUUGUGCUGGACCAUACGAAUAUUGAGUGUAUUUCUAGAUUGUGAUGCUGAAUGACUCUAAAGACAAGAAUUAGCAGAAUUUGUAUUAAGAACUGCUGACUACAUUCAGAGAAUUAUUUUGCAUGUUUUUUAAAAUCAUAUUGUGUGAAUAAAGAAUGUGCAAAUUGCAGAACCAUGAUUUUUCUUUCCAGUGGGGCAGCUGAAUACAAAAUGCUAAGAACAGGGCUUGUAAGGUAUCUCUUUGGGUUGUUGCUAAUCUAAAGAUGCUUUUGAGAUUCUAGCUAUCUUGCAUUGCUUUCUUUGGAAUAUUUUUUUUAGUCUUUACUGCAGCCAGGAAUUCACCGUUAAUGAUGCAGGCUAUAACAGUGAGUGUUCAAAGCUGAGAAUGAUUUAGAGGCUUGCUUGCUUGUGGCAGAAGCGAUUUUAGAUAUGGAUAGCAUCUUUUCAGAUUAAACUGCUGUAGUAUUUUUAUACCUGUGUAUGUUUCCUUUAGCAUUACAUACAGAUGACCAUGCAGACUUAAGCUAUGUUCAUUAAGAAAAAUAAGCCACGUGUGAAGCAGUCAACAAAAUUUAUCCAAUUGGCGUCUGUUUUUAAAAUUGUUUGACUUGCUUAAUUUCCAUGUCAUUUCUCUACAAGAAGAAAGCCAAUUUAUGCAACAGUAUCCAGUUACAGAACUUCCAAGGCUAUGAGAGAACGCAGUCAGCACAGUCGCAGUGGACACGUACUGUAUGUAGGACUAUUUAGACACCCAGGAAUGCUUCACAGGGCUAAAUACAGUCGCUUUAGGGAUGAUUUUAUAACAUCAUUAGAGGAAGGUACACAAAGUAGUUCUUUAAAUAUCAAAGGCUCCUCUUCAUCUUCUCAUUCCUCCACACCUCAUUUACCAAUUGAGGAUGUCGCCUUGGGGACACAGGACAGUUCCACCACUUUGUGCACUUUGAUACCCCGAAUGGCUAAUAUUAAAUUAUCCAAUCCAUCCAGUCUGCCUGGUUUUAAAAACUUCUGUCUGGGGACAAAAGAGGUGCCAAGAAUUAAACUCACAGAGUGUGUUACAGUUCCAAGCAGCCCAACCUCACCAGAAAUCAGUUUAAUGAGCUGCCUGGCUACUUCUUAUCCACGGCAGGACCCGGACAAACUUGAUGUAAAUACAAAAUCUCAAGAUGACUGCAACUUGCUGGGCUUUGAGUCUGCCCCUCUAAGCAAACAGGACAAACCUCCGGUGCAGAGCAGAGAGGACAUUGUGAAGACUGGCAUGACCUACUGUGUACGAUACAUGGGCUGUAUUGAAGUGUUGCAGUCAAUGAGGUCUCUGGACUUUGGCACCAGGACACAAGUCACCAGGGAAGCAAUAAGCCGACUGUGCGAAGCUGUAUCAGGAACAAAUGGAGCUAUAAAAAAGCGGAAGCCUCCAGUUAAAUUUCUGUCUUCUGUGCUUGGCAAAAGUAACCUUCAGUUUUCUGGCAUGAAUAUAAAACUGAUCAUCUCCAUGAGCAGCCUUACUUUGAUGAAUGUUGAUACCCAGCAGAUUAUUGCCAACCACCACAUGCAGUCCAUCUCAUUUGCCUCUGGAGGUGAUCCAGAUACAACAGACUAUGUUGCAUAUGUAGCUAAAGAUCCUGUUAAUCAGCGAGCAUGCCAUAUAUUGGAAUGUCCCAACGGAAUGGCUCAGGAUGUAAUAAAUACCAUCGGGCAGGCUUUUGAGCUCCGAUUCAAGCAAUACUUGAAGAAUCCUUCUACUCUGAUUACUUCCAAUGAAAGUGAAGUGAUGAAUCUUGAUGGAUCAUCUUGGAAUACGCAGGAAAAGGAGGAUUAUGAAUAUUACAAUGAAAUUCCAGGGAAAGAACCUCCUACAGGUGGACUAUUAGAUAUGCGAAUGAAAGUGCAAACAGACCAAAGGGAAAACUGUCCCAUACAAUGUGAAAAGCAAUACUGUUUGGCUGGCAGCCCAAAAUGCAUCAACAUAUAUGAAAACUGUCCAGAAGAAAACAAAUCAGUGGGUAACUAUGGUGAAAGAUCACUGAAGGCAAAAAAAGAUGUAUCCUUACUGAAACCUGCUUGCAAAAUGGAUCUUUUUGAUGACCCUUGUUACAUCAACACUCAGACUCUGCAAACUACAGCCUACACAGCUAGAGGCCUUGCAUCAGCCCAGGUCUAUGGGAGCCCGCUGUGUCAUGAAAAAUUGCCGGAAGCUGUUCAGCAGCGUGCCACAACCAACAUGGAUAGUGUAUGUGUUCUGCCACAAAUAAAGCAACAGUUAAGGAAUGAAGAUUGUUACCAUGGCAAAUUAAACAGGAAAGCAGCAGAGACCCUCUUGGUCAACGACGGGGAUUUUUUGGUGCGAGAGAGUGCAACAUCACCUGGUCAAUAUGUAUUGAGUGGAUUGCAAGGAGGGCAAGCAAAGCAUUUACUCUUGGUGGAUCCUGAAGGCAAGGUCAGAACCAAAGACCAUGUGUUUGAUAGUGUGGGUCAUCUUAUUCGCUACCACAUGGAAAAUAAUCUGCCAAUCAUCUCUUCUGGAAGUGAAGUGAGCUUGAAACAGCCAGUGAGAAAACAGAAUAACACAGGACACAUGCAAUACAACAAAUAACACUGUUGGAUCUCAAAAUUCCCAAGGCAAUUAAUUUGUGAAAACUGCAUUGACUAUUCUUAAACUUCAUUACUACAAAGCCAACUCAAAAAGUAUAAACUGCACUUUUCAGCUGCUGUUACGGAAGACUUCUUUUCAUGUGUAUGUAUGAAUAUAUGUAUAUCUAUGUAGAUCUAUAGAGAUCAAUAUGCAUAGCUAUAUAGAUAUAUAUAGUGUUAAUCUUAGCAAAAUGAAACCCCUGGAGAGUGAGAGAUCCAUUUGGGAAAAAAAGACAUGCACAGAUAUCACUUUCAAGGUCAUACUGAAUCAGUAACUAUUUAAAAGCACAAUUAAACUUAUACAUGGAAAAGCUCACUUGAACAAACUGCUGGGACAUUAGUAUGUGCCUUUUAGUCAUGGAAUUAUUGGAAACAAAUAUUAUUUAUAUUGGAUUAGUUUCAAGUGGAUACAUGAACAUGUGUAGGUUUAGAACUACUUGCCAAAACAAAGUAUUUGAAUAUUACUAACAUGUCACUUGCUUACAGUAGACACUAACUUUAUUUCAUUUUGCUUAUAACAGCACUUUAAUAGCAAAUAAUGUUUAAAAUGAAUGGCAUACACAAUAGAAAGGUUGCCUGUUUUCUUAGUAACAAUCAGUUUUUUAAUCACUGUCUGACUGUUCAAAGAUUUGAGAUUAUGCAACAUUUACUAAACGGAAAUAAAGAUAUGUAAAUGAAGUGUAAUUUUGAAAUAGAAUGUAUCAAAGAGCAAGCAUGCUAGAUUCUAAUAUUUUUGUGUCUUGCAUAUAAUUUUACUAUUAUUGCCAACAAUUACUGGAAAUGUAUCUUUUUAAAACUAGGUUAAAUAUAUUUUUCAUUGAUUCCAUUGAUAUUGACAAAUUAGAGAAACUGAAUGAGACAAAUGAUACAUUUUGAGGGGGGAAAUAUUUAAAAAAAAAUGAAUUUUGCAUGUUCUAGAGAUUAUUGUACAAACUUUUUCUCCAAAUGAUGUGAUAUCUGCCCCUUGCUUGCUUAGUUUCCAUUUGAUCAUAAACAUUGGAAAUGACUUUUUAAGAAAAUAUAUUCUGUUUUGUCACAAUAAAUGCUGUAAAUCUGAACGAACCUGUAAUCAGCAUAUCUGAGAGAGUCAGUAGUUUAUUGGUAGUUAAGGAGCAGUGUUUCAAUGAGUAAUAGGAGA